UAAAUUUUGGUAGAAGCCAAAAUAAACACCAAUGUACUUGAAAUAAGGAAACGAAGCCAAAAGGAAAUGAUGAGGCGGUAGCCGGGAAGCCUGAACCAGAGGAUCUAGGGUUUUCUUCGAUCUCUCUGUCUUGUUUAUGUUACAUGCAAAUCUAGAUCAGCCUUCUGCAAUUCCACCUUGCACAAUUUGUUGACACGUUUCGAUUUAGGAACGAUAACAUAAUCUUCUUUAAAAGUUUGAAAAACGGAGCCCGGAUUCGACGAGAUAGCAGUCGGGCUUUCAUUCUCAUCGGGACAAAUUCCGACUCUUAACCGUGAAACAUUUGAAGAGAUAGCAGUUUGAGUACCUCUAAAUAUGCGAGGAUUGCACAAAGGAAAAAGGGUUUCAUGGGCGUCAGAUCUUAAUCUCCGUCAGGUUAGGCUGUUCUUGUCUGAGGACUGUCCUUCCCAAGUGGGAUUGGGUGCCCAAGAUCACCUUCAAGCAAAGGCAUCGUGGCUCUUGCAUUCUACUGGAUCAGGUUCUGAUGACACUUUGCCUCCUGGAUUUGAAGUAGCUCAUUCAGAGAAUCAGUCGCAGAUUAAGCUCUCACAGAUCCCUGUUAAUCAAUGGAGAUGUCCGCCUAAGUUUGUGCUGAAUUUGACGUGGCAAGUGGUUGUUGGUGAAGAAAGCCGAGAGGUAGUUGUUGAAAAUCAGAGAGAGAUGAGAGUUCUUGAAGCGGUUUAUCCUCGGCCAUCUGCAAUUCCUCCUAACCCGUCCGUAGUAGCUGAUUCAGAACGUGCCAAUGUAGAUGACAGUCGAACACCUCUGAUUCCCAUUACUCCUGUUGAAGAUGAAGAUGCAACAACCGAGACCUCGUCUGAUUACGCAAGCCCCGCCUCUGUCCUUAAUACGAGUGCACAGCCCUCCCCAUUUACUCCUGCUGGUAGAUCUACAUCUCAACAUGUUUUACUAAAUGCGAUGUCUUCUACUUCUAGUGUGAGUUCUAUGGCUGGAAUGGAUCUUGGCAACAAACAUGAUGUAGUAGCUGCUGCAUCCGCGGCACUCGGUGCACUUGUGAAGAGCAAUGAGAUAGGUAACUCGAUCGACCGCGAAUUACUUGUUAAUAUUCUCAACAAUCCAAAAAUGAUCGAGCAGCUGGUUGUGGAUUCUGGUGUCGUCACAAGCACUCAAAAGCCAAUAUCAUCUCCUGACCCACAGCUUGUACAUAUGCCUAUGUCCGAAACCAAUGCCACCAUUACGCCUCCUUUUUUCUCUCAACCAAAUGGAGGGAGUGUAGCACCUGUCCCCAACGCACACCCUUCCUCAAGGGGUGUACCAGUUUCUUCUUCCCUGCCCUCCAAUGGAGCCCCAAUGAAGGACUUGAAUUACUAUAAAAGUUUGAUUCAGCAACAUGGAGGGGAGAGACAGGACGAUCCCCCUCGGCAGCAGCAAUUCCCGAACCGUCACAACCAACACUUGGGUACAAACCAAGAGUUCUUACAGAACCAGCCAUCAAGAGAAGCAAAGUUCAAGAUAAUGAAACCCUGCAUAUAUUUUAACAGCCCGAGAGGAUGUCGACAUGGAGCUAAUUGUGCGUAUCAGCACGACCCCGUGUUCCAGCAGAGAAGUAGUAGCGUGCCAGAAAUGCCUACUAGCGCCAAAAGAACAAAGGUCGAUAGAGAAAUCAGCAGUUAAAAAGUAGAGUACCGUUACGUAUCUCGGUCAAUGCGUCCUUUCCUAGUUGUGAAUGCUAUAUGCCCAAGGUUUCAUCUCUUUAGCUGGAAAGUUCUUUAAUUGUUAUGUUUCUAUCUGUGUCUGCACGAGAUAACCAUGGUGAUGAGGCCAGGGAUUCUCUUUGCCACAAUUGAUUUAGUAAUUUUUAGCAUGAAAACAGAAUGUCCGUUUGAUGAUGAAUUUGUUGAGAUGAUAGGCUUUUUGAAGUUUAUGGUUAGUAGGAUUGUUAGAUGAUGUUAGAUUGCUCGAGAGGGCAACUAUCAUAUAUUCAAUAUCACUCUCGUUUAGUUGUAA